AAUCGUCUUUAAGAAAAGUUUUUAGUGCUGUCAGUGCCGCCAACUUGAUAAGUUUAAAAAAUAAGCGCAAAAUCUCGCAUCAAGCGCGCGGUGACGGAUUACGGAGCGUUGCGUCAUAUGUGAAAGUAUUUUUUGUAUUGUGAUUGCAGUGCUGAUUUACGGAGUCUUUGGUUUCUGGUACCUGUCACAAUAAAUAGAUAUUAUAGAAUAAUUUAGUUAGGUACAUUACUUCACAAUAUAGUCAUUAACGAAUUAGCAUAGUCUUAAAAGUAUCCAUUGAUCACAAUUUCCAAAAGAAAAGAUUUAAAAUAUUCGGAAGAAUGUCGCCAUGUGAUGGCCACUGGUCGUACUGUACGGCAAGUGAAACAUGGGGAACGACUAAGAAGGUCCCAGACAUCUUUAAAUCCAGUUUCAGCACCCGACAUAGAAAUUAAGGCUGGGGAUGUGGCUCGAGUGGUUAAAACAAAAAAGUUGGCCGAGGUGGAUGGCUAUGGGCCAUAUAAACCAGUACCACCACCAAAACCACUACCUCAACAACCAGGAGUCGUACAAGAACAACAAUCUUCUAGCAGCACUCCACCUCCCUACAGAAUGCCCCCGUAUCCGUUGUACAAUGAACCAAGCAUACCCGGCGCCACUGUGCUAGAUCCACCCAUAGCCACCUCUAGUCCUGCCCCUCAGGGUCUCCAUACACAUUCCAGUAAAUUUCCGAUUGAAAGAGAAGUUAUACUAUCCAGUACCGACAAAAACUCCAAAAUACCUAUUCUCCACGACUACAAAAAAAGAAGCAAAACGGCUGUUGCCCCGGACGUCCCUCCCAAACAGAUGGCUGCUUGGACACAAAAUCAAGUCCAAAAUCACCAAAUUCUACCAGACCAGACACACUCCGGUUUAAUCCAAACUAUUCAACAAACUGCUGAUACCAAUGGAUCUCCAUACCGGUCCAACUAUCACCAAAUCCAAGACUACUACAACGGCCAAAAUAUCAACCCUACAGGCGCUGUGCCCAGAACAGCUUGGCACGCCCCAGCAGACAAUAAUAAACCCUUGCCUAGGUCCCUACCCACCAACGAAGACUUUUCCGUUAUCACUCACAAUCCCCAUUCACAAAGUGUAGCUGUACAAAUAGAAAAUAAAGAUGUAGUCCAGAAAGAUCAGAAAAACAAAACCAUGGCAAAGACCUACAAUACUAUCAAAGAUAUGUUAUCAAGUAGAUUUAAAAGCAAUAAGGAUAGUGACGAUAGAAUGGAAGAAAGUGGUUUGAACAACGUAGCUGAAGAGCUUAGGAAAUCUCAAGGAAAUGUUGCUGAUGAGGGAAGUGGCAAGAAACAAUCACAGGAACAAGGAUACUCUAAACCACCCGUACUGCCACCACAAUAUAGCCAGAACUACAUGCAACAGCAAAUGUUAGCGCAGCACGCCCAACAACAGUACCAACAGCAGUUAAAGAACCAACAAUACUCUCAACACAUAGCUCAAGCCAGAUCUCAGGAAAUGCUCAAUCAACAACAAGCUGAAGAGCAACUUUAUUACCAAAGUAAUUAUGUGGCCACUCCCCAAAGACGACAAGUACCUGUUCCUGGAAGGGAAGGAAACUAUGUUCCUAUGCAAUCGCAUGUCCAGACCUCCCCUGAAAAACGUAGCGCUCAACAACUAGAGCGUGAUAAUCUUCGCCAAAGAAGUUUCGAAACGAGAAGAGCAGCUUCUCAACCACAACUAGCCUACGAUGACGAGGUUCAAGAAGAACUACCGAAUCGUAAGCCUCAACCGCAGAUUCCGACGCCUAUGCGACGAGGAUCUUAUGGAAAUAUUGUAGAGGCACAAACGAAGCAUGAAGAGAAAGAUAGUGACGAUGGUGGAUUUCUAAAACGAAAAGGUUCGCAGGAGAGGCGGCUGGAUCCUCCAGGAAGUGAUAAAAAUGCUAGAAGUGAAGCAGUUAACGAACAUAAGAAAGAUGAGGACCACAAAAUAAACGAUGGACUUCAAGGAAGUCCAAGAAAGAGGUUAGAAGGUGAAAUUGGUAAAAUUGAAGGUGUGUAUAAUAUAGGACAACGAUCAGCAAAAACGGAAGAAGAAAAUAAAAUUGGAAAGAAAAACAACCCUAGUUCUGCCACAUCAUCGGACUACGAUAAAACUGGUGGUCAGUCUUCAUCAAAUAUUGAUUCUGGUAGAGGUAGCGCCGCCUACAGCAGUGGCCGUAGACCAGGACCAUUGGAUUCAAAUAGUGAUCACUUUGAUUCUGUACCUAUAAGUAGUAGAGCAAAGUAUAGGGAGAGCCAUGAUACCGGCCAUGAUUCUGAAUGGGUGGACAUAGUAGAAAAUGAACUGAGACAUAUUCUGGAACCUAAACUACAUGAACUCUCUAUUCAAAAUAAUCCUGGUAAACCGCAUUCUAUGCUGAGCGAGAGUGUAUCAUCCAUGACACCACCACUGCCUCCUCUAUCGCCUGGCGACCAAUCGUCACCUAAUACUACACCAAGGAACUCGGCAAGAUACAAACAUAGCAGUUUACCUUGUGGGAGUAGACCUGAAUAUGAAAGUUACAAGGGAAAAAGUCACUUAAGGAAUAUACCAAGUGAUUCCAGAUGGAAUAACAGCUCUCCUCAGAAACAUAGAUCUCAGAAAAAAUUGGAUCAUAAUGCUAUAUUACGAGGAAAACAAAUUUUUGGUUUGGACAACACAGAUAUGACCUCUACAACAACAAGAUCUAUGGAUUUAGAGUCGAUAUUAGACGGCCAAAGUGACUCUGACGAAGAUCUGAGCACGACUGAUGCUAGGGCAAUAAGAAAACAACUUGAAGGAUUAGAAACUAUGUACUCGGAGGUUUUAAAACUGCUAGGUGUCAAAAAGCAUCCAGCAAAAUAUCAGCCCAAUGAUCCACGAUUUACAAAAAGAAGAUACGGGAGCAUGUCGUCGUUGCCGUCAAGUUCUGUUAGUAGUCGACCUAUUAGAGAUAAAAGAAGAGCUAAUGAGGACAGAAAGAAAGUCAGAGACAUUCGAGGUAUAAACAAAAGGUUCCAAAGACUGGAAUCACACGUUGUGACUCUAGCCCGCUCUGUAGCCCAUCUAUCUUCGGAGAUGCGCACGCAGCACUUAAUGAUUCAAGAAAUGGAGAGCAUUCGAAGUGAAAUCGCUGCCCUAAGGACGCAAACAAACAUGCUCAAUGUCCGAGCGCAGAACGCUGCCCGAGCUGUCAGUUCAAAGGAUUUGCCGGUUUUAGCAAAUCCGGCGAGAGUUAAAAAGCUGACGAAGUUUUUUGGAGAUGAGCCGCCAUUGUUAAGAUUAUUUUUAAAAAAAUUAGGAUACGAGAAAUAUGCAACGAUAUUUGAAACGGAGAGAAUAGGAAUGGUUGAACUGCCAUAUUUAAGUGAAGAGCGACUUCAAAAGAUGGGAUUGCCCCUAGGGCCUAGGCUACGAAUAAUGCAGGAAGCUCAAAUAUCAGUUUGUAAAGAUAAUACACUGUGUAUAGUUUAGUGAGUAACGCCGCUGGCUGGAAACUGGUGGAAAGUACGAAAGAAAAAUGAAAAUUCCUUAUUUAUGUAGGGUUAAGUUUCGACUCGCGCAAAUAGAUGGCACGACCACAUAAAUUUCGAUAAAAAAUUCCAGAAUAAUUAUUAUAGUACGGGUUCCGAUUAUAGGUCGAUCUGUGCCCAUCUGCUUUCCAGAUGAAACAUUUCUUUUAUUAAAUUUCAUGCAUAUUAUUUCUAGCAUGGGUUGCCUGUCAUCGUGUCAUAGAUGUUUAAGGAGGGCCGUAGGGGUUGAAAUCAAUAUUUCAAACACAUUCUUUUUGAAAGUAUGGUAGAGUUAUUUUAUUUUUAAAUUAAAUAGGCAUAUUCAGUAUAAGCCAUAGAUUAUUCAAGAAAAAAAUUAAAGGAAAAAUAUUGAAAAAUAAGCCAACGGUGGCAAAUUUUUGAAGACACCUCAAAAUAUAAUGAAUUUUGCGGUGGACAUCAGAACUCAUCAUUGGAUCAUGGUAUGUAAACAAAAAAUUCAAAAAUAUUUUAUUAGCUUAUGAGUUUUUCAAGCUAACGCUGUCGAGUUUUUUAGUUUUAUCGAAUUUUGACUUUUUGCUAACACUCAGAAGUCAAAACAAUGAUUUUUUUUGCAAAAAAGGGUGAAAAUCAACAUAUCGUUCAUUUCAAAGAAGAGGGUUACAUCUCAAAAUGUUACAAGUUUUUUUUAUUGCAUCAAUACCUUCCAAAUAAUGACUUCUACUAUGGAAAAAAUAGUUACAUGUGUAAGUACACUAGUCUCCGAGAGAUGGCAGAUGUAACUCUUUGGUUUUCCCCUAACUGUCUCUACAAAACGUUAUUCGCUUUACAGAAUAUAGUUAUAUCUUGGAAUAUAGUAGACAAAAAUAAGUUAAUUUAAUUAAAGGGGUGAUUUAUUUUUGGGAUAUAGAGUUACAAGUAAAGAUAUAGCCAUUUUUCUUAACAGUUAUAACACUAAAAGUGAACAGUAUGUUCUGAUCGAAGGAUACUUACUUAGUUGUAACUUUUUUUGAAUAAUUCAUCAUAAAAAAGGAGCAACAUAAUGUGCGUAAAAGUAGUUUUGUGAAAUGUAACCUUAUUCUUCAAAUUUAUUUUGUCAUAGCUAUGUGAAUUAUCUUUUUUUGCAUUGGGUUAAUUAUUAUAAAUGAAACUCUGUAGUAUUAUUUAAGGAUUAAUCUAAUUUAACAACAAAUGCUUGUUGUGUUUAAUAGAGAAACGCAAUGUUUUCCUGAAUAAUAUUUAAGUUUUCACAAAAAUUUGUAAAGAAAAACAAUUAUUACUAUUAUUGCUUUAUGUUUCAUUUUGUUUUGUAUAAAUAAAGGAUACGAACUAUGUAUUUAAUUAGUUUUUUUUUUAUUUUUUUUUAAUAAGUUUUUUAAAUCAUAAUGCAUAUAAUGGCAUUUUUAAUAAUACUUUAUUAAUACAAUUCCUAAAAUGUAACUUUAUGAGCAAACAUAAUGUAUUAAAAAGAUAAUAUUUUUUUAUUCAAGAAGGUUAUAUCUAAGUUUUUUUUUCUAAACCUGAUAUCUGAAAAAAGAAAUCUAUCAUACUCGAUCAUUAAAUCCUAUAAUAUUAAUAAAAACUGUACAAAAUAAAUGAAAUAAACUAAUAUGAAUUUUAAAACCUUUCUACUGAAAAAGUGAAAAUUCUUAGUUAUAACCCUCUUAUUCCAAAUGAACGAUAUUUAUUAUCGUUAAACAAAAAAUAAGCAUAAAACAAAAAAUAUCUCAACAUCGUUACCUCAAAGAACGUCUAAAAAUACAUACAAAAUUCCAGGCGAGUUGGUCAAGUAGUUUUUCAGUUACAAUGUCUACAGGCUUUGAAAAGAGCAGCUUUGAGGAAAACCGUUUAAAGUAUUGUCAACUUUUAUUUUCAGUUUCUUUUUUGUCUGUCAAAUCGUAAAGUGAUGCACAUCGGAAUAUGUUUUUAAAUCGCGGGGUAAUUUACAAAAGAAAAUGAGAACAGCUGUUGACCGUUUCUCACUACGCUCAAGCGCGCUGGCGUGAAGCUGCUGCAAAGCGAGUCGAAGGUAGGGAGAUAGUAUUGAAUAUCCCUAUCUUCCACUCGCUUUGCAGCAGGUUCAUGCCCGCACGCUUGAACGUAGUGAACACCGGUCAACAGCUGUUCUCAUUUUCUUUUGUAAAUUACUCCGCGAUUAAAAAAAAUAUUCCGUUGUUCAUCAUUUUACGAUUUGACAGACAAAAAAAAAUUGAAAAUAAAAGUUGACAAUACUUUAAAAGCUUUUUCCUCAAAACUGCUUUUUUCAAAGGCUCUAGACAUUUUAAUUCAAAAACUACUUGACCGACCCGCCUGAAAUUUUGUAUAUAUUUUCUGUAGACAUUCCUUGAGGUAACGCUGUCUAAAUAUUUUUUGUUUCAUGCUUAGUUUUUGUUUAACAAUAAUAAAUAUGUUGAUGAUUUUUACCCUUUUUUCCAAAAACAAUGGUUGUUUUGACUUCUGAGUGGUAUCAAGAAGUUAAAAGUCGAUAAAACUAAAAAACUCGACCGCGUUACCUCGAAAAACUCAUAAGGAAAUAAAAUCUGUUUGAAUUUUUUGUUUACCAUGAUCCAAUGAUGAGUUCUGAUGUCCACCGCAAAAUUCAUUAUAUUUUGAGGUGUCUUCAAAAAUUUGCCACCGUUGGCUUAUGUUUAAAUAUUUUUUCUUGAAUAAUAUAUGAAUCAUACUGGAUAUGCCUAUUUAAUUUAAAAAUAAAAUAAUUCUACCAUACUAAAAAAAAAUGUUGUAGUAAAGAAAAGAGAGACGUUCUCACAAACAAUUUAUUUUACAACUGACGACCGGUUUCGCUGUCUACAAUAUUCACAGCAUCUUCAGGUCACGGUAAAAGUAAAAUUAAAUGCUACAAAUAACAAAAAACCAGAGUUAGUUAAGUGGUCUGGUUGAAAUCAAAGAGUAAUGAUCAAGCCAAUAUUAAAGUAUAUUAUGCAUACAUAUAAAUGCUAACAUGUACGUAAAUAUGGUUUACAACCCUCACACUCACAUACAUGCACGCAUUCAAAUGUAGUGGCAACAAAAGUAUGUUAAGUAUAAGUAUAAAUAUAAAAUAUACACUUACUUUCCGGUAUAAGGGAAGAAAAUAGUGGUAUUCAAUAUCAUACUUUUUCUCUAUAUUAUGCUAAAGGGAGAGACGGUAGAGGGACAGAUUUGAAUGUAAUGCAUUAACAAAACCAAAAUAAUUGGCAGGAUCUUGAGGGGAUAAGUAAGGAAACACGACAUUAAACCGUGAAACCAAAAAAUUGUUAGUUAUAUAUAAAGUGAUGUUAUUUUAUAUAUGUGUGUAUAUUUUAAUUUAGUUGGGAUUAUUAGAUGUUGUUCUGGAUGUUCAAGAACUAAUAGAUGUAAGAUUGGUUGUGCAAUUGUUGUGAUUGUUCAUUUAAAAAAAAUGUGUUUGAAAUAUUGAUUUCAAACCCUACGGCCCCCUUUAAAUAGCUAUUACACGAUUUUGAUAAGCAACCCAUGCCAGAAAUAUUUCUCUAUGUAUGAAAUUUAAUAAAAAAAAUGUUUCAUCCGGAAAGCAGAUUGGUACAGAUCGACCCAUAGACUCCAAUAUCAGUUUGUAAAGAUAAUACACUGUGUAUAUAGUGAGUAACGCCUCUGGCUGGAAACUAGUGGAAAGUACAAAAGAAAAAUGGAAAUUCCUUAUUUAUGUAGGGUUAAGUUUCGACUCGCGGAAAUAGAUGGCACGACUACAUAAAUUUCAAUUAAUAAUUCCAGAAUUAUUGUAGGUCACGAUGAUGGUAGAAAUCUAAAUGUAUCUAGUAUUAAAGUGUUCUAAGUAUCUAGUAUUAAGGUGUUUUACUUAAUAAAGAAAAUUUGUUUCUUAAUUAUUGUAAAUCUUUCUCUUUUUGAUUCAUUCAAAUUACCCUUUGGUUUCACAAGAGGUUCAACCACGACACUCUUGUCGUUAGGGUCAAGAUUUCUUGCAGACCCGUCUGUUUCUAAAUAAUAUGAUAUCCUAUAUUUGCUAGCUAAUCACACAUACAUAAAAACAUAGUUUGUUGUGUGGCCUAACUGAAUUCCUAAGAGAACAGCUAACUUUCAGAUCACCACAAAUCUCUGUUUAUUAUAUUGAUUGAGUCGAUUUAGAGGAGUAUGAGUUGGGUCAUUAACUGCUUUAAAAACAAAAAGAUUGUCUUUUUCUCAAAAAAGGCAACACAGCAAACUGACCAUGUUUGUAAUGCUCUACCGUGAUAUCACGUUGGAAAAGAUUCCAUUGCUGCAUCGUUCUUUUUUAGUCUGGUUUUAAAAAAUUGGUGUUCGACUAAAUAGUUGUUUUUCCUAUCCUCCUUAGUUUGGAAUACAAAUAUGUUCAUUAUGUCUAGUUUUUCUAGCAAUUUUUUGUCCCCCCCCCCCUCCCUCUGUGGUACAGUGCAAGUUCUCAAGAAUAUCAGCUGGGUAGGAAAUUUUUCAUUCAAUAAAAAUUAAUAAAUGCAAAUAGUUUCUACCCAGGAUCCGUACUUACCGGAGGGACCGUCGGAGGGACGUUCGGAUACAAUUAGCGUCUCUUUGUAAAGACAAUAAAGUGGACUUUACUAAGAGACAAGACAUUUACUCAACAUACACUACAGACUACACUAGGUAUCUGAUUGGCAUGAUAUAUUAAACCAUGCCAAUGGCUGUUAGUAGUCGAGGCCUUAAACUAAAUAAAUAAAAAAAAUGUUAUACAAUGUUCGUUCGUACUUUCAUUUAGUUUUUUAGAUAUGUAAAACUUGUAAAAUAUAAAAUAAAUAUUUAAAAAUAUGUAGUAUUUUGUGAAGCAGUUUAGUACAAAGAUGUCUAAUAUCAAAAAUAAUCUUAUUUACACAAAGACAAUCUAUUUUUAUUUUGACUUUUGUUCUUUCUUUAAGGAUGAAAUAGGUACUAUAUUUUGUGAUUCAUUUAAUAAGGGGGAAAUUCCUUUUUAGGUGACAAAAAUGCAAAUUUUAAUCGCCUUAAAACUUAGACUAGUUUCCUUCACAUAUGAGUUGAAUUCGUUAAUUAAGAGAUAAGGUCAUAAUUUCGAGAUUAAGGUCUCGGCCGAAUUGCAACAAAGGCUGAUAAACUUGUGCUGAAACCAAAACACCAGAAUUAAGAUCGAAGCAUCCACAUUCGCAGAGGUAGGAGUUGGAAGAGUAGUUACACAAGGAUAUGUUUUAUCACCACUGCUAUAUACCUAAUUCAUAUUUCGAAUUCCCAUUUAAAGAGGCACCGGAGGAUUCCAACGACGGAGUCACGGUGAAUGGCGUAAACAUUAACAGUAUCAGAUACGGCGAAGAUACGGUAUUGAUUGAGGAUUCCGACGUGUGAACCAAAGUGGUAUCAAACCGAAAAAAUCAAAAUAUAACUCAAUCUUGCACAAUACACAAACACAGCUCAGAACAGGUCAAAAAGUUCAACAACCUAGAUUUUUGAAACUCGACUAAGUUUAUCAAAAUGCUCAUGCUAAAAUCUUGUCGACUAUCCUCUAUGCAGUUGAAACGUUGACUCUCAAAAUAUCAACCUUAAUGAACAGGAAGCCUUUGAAAUCUACCGUAUCGUAUUGAUGUCUUAUACCUCAAACCAAAAAGUGCCGCAUAGGAUAGGCACCCCAGAUAACAAUAUAAACUUGUUUCAAACUUGCAACAAGUUUGAUACAUCAAACAUGAAAGCUUGCUGCAGGUUUGCCAUGGCAACUUUGCAAACUUGCUAGUUACACUGUGACAAACUUGCACGAAGUUUGUUUUUUCAAAUUUGAUACAAACUUGAUAUACCAAACUUGCUGAAGGUUUGUUUUUGUUUUGUUGCAUGAAGUUUGUUUUUUCAAACUUGAUACAAACUUGCUUACGGUUUGUAUUGACAUACUAGCCACAAUUUGAAUAAAACAAGGUGAAUAAAAAAUACAAUACCAUUUUAUAAAACUAUUUAUUAAUCACUCAACUAAAAUACAAUCUAUUUUCUAAAAUUACUUAUUGGAACUUACAUUAAAACCGGUAGCUUCAGAUUCCGAUUGUGUUCCGAUGCUCAUAGUUUAGUCUAUCAGCUCUGAAACAAAUAAAAGGAAUUGUUAUAAACUCUUGCUGUGUGAACAGAAUUAAUAUUUGCUAUUAAAAGAGAUAAAAAGAUGUUAAAGUAACAAUUUUACAAUAAAACCUAAAACUUAUUUAUAUAUAAUAUAUUAUAAAUAAAAUUUAUUUUAAAUGUAGUAUACCUAGAUAGUAUGUAAAUACAGCUAGAAGCUACGAAAAACAAAAAACUUACCUCAAUUUCACCAAAGCAAAAAGAAUACCAAUCGGUAAGCUUAGUAAACUUCAAAAAGAAGCUUCAGCUUAGUAAUAAUAAUUAAAGUAAUAGUCUAGGAGAAUUGUAGGGUAAAUUUAAGUUAAAAACUAAAAACUCAAAGAAAAAUAUAACAUAGGACAUAACCACAAAUUAUCACCGCUUGGCACUUGGCAGGUUACUUACCCGUGUUGCCAACUGUCGAGUAAGCUUUUUCCCUCAACGUACCUUAAAAAUUCACAAUUUUAUGAUAAAAUUCCCUCCAAUGCUCCUAUUUAAAAAAUCUGUGAAAAUAUGUUGAAUUAUUUUCAAAUAUUUUGAUUUUUUUAAAUAUUUUACAAUUUGAACUGAAGAAAAGAGUCCCUUAAUAAGUUAACUUUUUCCCUUUGAUGUUGAAAAUUCUCGCAAAAAGCGAAAUUUCCCUCCGGUGGCAUCACUUUCGUUAGCGUGGGCGUGACAUCAGUCAGGGUACCGAACAAAACCGAACCGAACCGACCGUAACGUCUAAGUCAACCAAAUAGAUGGCACGCGUUACGUGGCUUUGCAACAUUGCAAGUGUAAGCUUGCAGCAAAGUUGCUACAAACAUGAAUCAUCAUCUUUGUCAUAACAAUAUUGCAGCACACUUGACACAAACUUGCCUCGUUAUAUUUGAACAGCAAUUUAAAAUCAAAGAAGAAUCAAACUUGCCACAAGUUUACAUGCUAUCUGGGACGGAAAGAGAACUUUUCAAUACAACGAAAGUUAGGAAAUCAUCAUACAUAGACCGCGUACGGAGAGGCCACAUACUAUACCAAAUUUUCAACCAAGAUGCAGUAGAAAUAAACAAACCAAGAUACGUUAAAUGCUACUAGGAGCACUCCUGAAUCAUAAUUUACAAUGUAAUAUAUUGUAAAUCCCAAAUCAUGAUAAGUAUAUACAUUGUAAAUUAUGAUUCAGGAGUGCUCCUAGUAGCUUUUAACGUAUCUUGGUUUGUUUAUGUCUACUGCAUCUUGAUUUUAAAUUUUGUAUAGUAAGAACAGCUGAAGACAGAGAGAAGUUUAGAUCCAUCUAUUAAGGAAAGGAAACUUUAAGAAGAUAAUGUUAUAACUUCAGUUACAUAUUAUGGUAUGUUAGACAUAUCAAGGGCUACUAGUUAUCAUUCUGAGCGUUUUCGAUUGGAACUUUUGAAAAAUUUUCGUGUUGGUUCAUUUACCGCAUUUCCAUAUUUCUGUCAUAUGUCCAGGUUUUUGCUAACUCUACGAUUAUUAUGCACGAUUUUUUUUAAUUUGUGUCUUAUAUGCAUUAAGUCCCCUUAAUUUUCCUAACUAGCGUGUUUAUUGAUUUGAAUUUGUAUGACUGUGGCUUAAAUGUCAAGUCAGCUACUAUAUUUUUAUGUUUCAACAAUUGUUUUCUUUAAUUUUGUCCCUUGUUAGGGGGGACAUUUUCCCUCCCAGUAGAUCCGCCACUCUGUGAGUCCGAGCUAAAAUCCCUAACUGAACCUAAUUUAAGGAAAAAAUUAAUAUAAAAUAAAAAUAGAAAGUCUCCAUCUACAGUUCACAUAUUCUAAGGCGCCUAUGGGGGAUGACGCCAUGCGCAGUACUAUAGUCGAUGUAUGAGAGAGAAAGUAUUCGAAAUAAUGGAAUAUAAAAUUUGUUAUUUCAUUAUUUCGAAUACUUUCUCUCUCAUACACCGAUUAUAGUACUGCCCAUGGCACCAUCCCCCAUAGGCGCCUUUAGAAUGAGUGUACUGUACUUAAUAUCCAUAAAUGUAUCCAAAGGUCAAAAUUAAAUUAAAUAAAAUUAAAAUAAAUAUCAUUUUGUACAUAUCUAGUGUAAGGUUUAAAAUUGUCAUCGUGUUCUAUUGGAAAGAAUUUAAUAUAAAAAGAUUACUCAGCAACGUACUUAAGUGUAUAUUAGUCUUGAAAAUGGCGGCUUUAGUAUUAAUUUGUAAGAUUUUAUAGACUUUAUAAUUUAAUUUAUUAAUGAAGUAGAUAUAUUUUUGUAUUAUGUAUAUUACUUUUGGAUCUUAAUGUAUGUAGGUUAAAGUUUCAUAAAUGUUUAUAAAUAAUUGGAUGAAGGAUCUUUUGUACUUAAAUUUUGCAAUUAUAAACUUUGCCAAUUAUACCAAAGAUAUAUUUCUUUGUAUUGUAUCAAUCCAUUUAUUCUGUAAUAAAUAAAAUUAUAUGAAAUA